AUGGCGUCUUGGAUAUCAACGUACGAACCAGAUGUAGAACAAUGUAGCAAACGAAUGAAAGAAGAUGAAGAUCAAGUGUGUUAUCCCGUUCAGUCACGAGAUUUAAAAAAUGCGUCUCAUGAAACUAUUACGCCAAAUAAAGAAGUUAUAACACUAAUAUGGAUGGACGAAACCAUUGAUGACUUAUAUAAAGAAGAUAGUAGAUUAACAAAACAAAUGUUACGCGAGAUAAACGAUUACGUCUUAUUCUAUAGUGACCUGUCAUUAUGUAUUAGUUAUAUUCAGUCCAUUAAAAAUAAUAAAAUAUUUCUCAUUAUACCCGGAUCUUUGUCAAGAAAACUCUUCUCAGAAAUUCAUUCACUUCGACAAAUUGAUUCAAUAUUUAUUUUCUGUGUUAACCAACAAGUUUACCAGACAUUAACUAGUGAAUACUCAAAAGUAAUUGGAAUAUUUUCUGAACAAAAUAGUUUAAUGAUAUGUAUUAAAGAGAAUAUUAAAUUAGUGGAAAAACAAUCUGAAAUAUUUAAUUUGUACAAUCAAAAACAAAAAUCCACACGGGAUUUAACAACAGAAUCUGGAUCAUUUUUAUAUGUUCAGCUAUUCAAAAAUGUUCUAUUGAAAACGCCGCAAACAAUCGAUACAAAAAAACAAAUGUUAGAUGAAUGUCGUUUAUACUAUCGUGGAAACAAAAAAGAACUGAGCAAUAUUGAAGAAUUUCGAUCUAGUUACACAGCAAAGGAUGCCAUUAAAUGGUACACAAAACAAACAUUUGUUUAUAAACUAUUAAAUAAAGCAUUUAGAACUGAAGAUUUUGAAGCAGUGUAUUCAUUUCGAUUUUAUAUUUUUGAUCUUUGUGCAAGUAUUGUUAAAAAACAUAAAGAACUGAAAACACGACAAAAGUCUACUCUUAAACUUUAUCGUGGUUUGAAAAUGUCAGUUGAUGAAAUUCAAAAAUUGAAAGAUAAUAUCGGUAGUUUAAUAGCAACAAAUGGAUUUCUGUCUACAAGCCGAUCGUUUAAUGUAGCGAAAAUGUAUACAUCUAAUGUUAUGUUUGAAAUUUUAGCGGAUACUGGAUUAAAAACAGUUGCGUGUGCAGAUAUUGCCGAAAUAAGCACGUUUUCAAAUGAAGAGGAAAUAUUAUUUGACUUAGGUGCGACGUUUAUAGUAGAAAGUGUCGGCUAUGACAAAGGUGAAAAGUUAUGGAGUGUUAAGAUGACAGCAACAGACAAAGGGGCCGAAAUUGCUAAAGAAUAUAUAGAACACCAAAGAAAAGAAUUAUCAAAAACGGAUGUGAGCGAUGCAUUUGGUAGUUUUCUGAGUGAUAUGGGUGAAUAUACGAAAUCAGAAAAAUAUUUUAAAAAUUUGUUACAAAUUCAUCCAAAUGAUGAACACACCGCUAUUCUAUACUCUAAUAUUGGUCGGGCACUUGGCCAAAAAGGAGAUUACACAGAAGCAUUAAGACGCUAUACAUAUGCACACGAUAUCGAAAUGAAUGUUUCAAGGCCGCGUCUUAAACAUAUAGCUGGUUCUUUACUUGGUAUUGCAACUAUUCAUAACUGGACUGGCAAGAACGAUUUAGCAUUGGAAUUCUAUAAUAAAGCUUUAGACACAUAUAAAAAGGUUCCCAAAGUUGAUCAACAAGAUAUCGCUUAUACUAUCAACAACAUUGGCAUUGUUUACUAUGAUAAAGGUGAUUAUGAUCAAUCACUUGAAUAUUCACUUAAAGCAUUGAAAAUGCGAGAAACAUUUUUACCUGAUGAUCAUCCUGACAUUGCAUUAAGUUUGAAUAAUAUUAGUAAUGCUUAUAUUGAAAAAGGUAAUUAUGAUUUAGCUUUAGAAUAUUACAAAAAGGCUUUGAGAAUAAACGAAAAACUUUUGCCAUCUAAUCAUCCUGAAAUCGGUGCUACUUUGAACAAUAUCGGGAAUGUUUAUCAUAAGGAAUGUGAUUAUCAUCGAGCAUUAGAAUAUCACACCAAAGCGUUAAUUAUCCGUGAAAAAAGUUUACCAACCGAUCAUUUUGAUAUAGCUGAUAGUUUCUAUAAUAUUGGAAUGAUUUUUCAUGAAAAACAUGAUUAUGGUUUAGCACUUGCAUAUUAUACUAAAGCUUUAAGAAUUUACGAAAGAAUUCUGCCAGCUGACCAUCCGCAUAUAAUGGGUAGCCUUCGCAAUAUCGGCAUCGUUCAUAGUCGCGAUGGUAAUAGCGAUCUGGCACAAGACUUUUAUACCAAAGCAUUGAAAAUUGGAGAAAAAAUUCUGCCAUCAAAUCACUUAGAUCUAAUUCACAUUCAGAAUCUUAUUACUAAUAAAUGA